UUCGAAGGGAGCCGAGCGUCCGGGACUUUGAGAUUCAGUUUUCCUUCCUCUGGCGGGGCGGUGCGGCUGCCUGGGGAUGCCGUCGUCCUCCGGCUUGGCCCCUCUCAGUGCCUGAGCGCUUCAAGUUAGCGCCCGCCCAGGUGGACCCCUAGGGCAGAGUAACCUCUCCUGAAAAUCCUUCUCUCCAGGAUAUGAAUAGGGGAGUGGUGAAGACUGACUGUGCCACAGCUAGAGUCCCAGAGCUAGACUUUGAAAUCCCUGCUUUUUCUCAGAAGGGAGCUCUUACAACCCUGGAAGGGAUACUUGACCGAGCAAUAGCAGGACUGGAGCAGGAUCAGCCUGACCGCAGAAAAACAGACACUGAAGUAGCAGGAAAGAUUGAUGAGUUCAUCUCUAAGUUGAAAGGCUUGAAGGAAGUGGAGUCAGACUUCACCUUUAUUCUCGACGAUCCUUCGGGAAACAGCUUUGUGGAGAACCCUCAUGCCCCGCAGAAGGACAACGCUCUAGAGGUCACCCAUUACAGGAGGACGGCUCAGCAAGCAGCUCUGCUUGGCAUAGAGGCGGAGGCCUCCGAGGUGGACUCGGCUGACUCUGCAGAUGAUCUGAAGAACGAGGUGCUGCAGUUCAGCACCAACUGUCCGGAAUGCAACGCUCCCACCAGCACGAACAUGAAGCUGGUGCAAAUUCCCCAUUUCAAAGAGGUCAUUAUCAUGGCUACAAACUGCGAUGCCUGUGGGCACAGAACAAAUGAGGUUAAAUCAGGGGGAGCCAUUGAGCCUUUGGGCACCAAGAUAACUCUUCACGUGACGGGCCCUGAAGACAUGACAAGGGACAUUCUAAAGUCUGAAACUUGCAAGGUACAGAUUCCAGAGCUGGAGUUUGAAUUAGGAAUGGGAGCGCUGGGUGGAAAAUUCACAACUCUAGAGGGGUUGCUGAAGGAUAUCCAGAGUCUGGUGGAGAAGAACCCUUUCACCCUGGGAGACGGCUCUUGCCCUGACAAAGCGGAAAAGCUAUCUGCAUUUGGGAGGAAGCUCCAGCAGAUUGUAGAGGGGCAGAUGAAAGUUCAUCUUAUCCUGGAUGAUCCUGCAGGAAACAGUUACCUUCAGAACGUGUAUGCUCCCGAGGAAGACCCGGAGUUGCGCGUGGAGCGAUACGAGCGGCUGUUUGAACAAAACGAGGAGCUAGGCCUGAAUGACAUCAAAACAGAGGGCUACGAGGCAGAUUUUUCCUCCCAUCAGUAGCCAAGCUGGCACUCUGGGCACUGUACGGAAAGUACCGGACUGCUGUAUUUCAAGCUUUUGCCAAUCGUUUGCUUUUGGCAAGAAGUAGCUUGUUGUCAAGAUUGAGUCUGCCCCGCACAUAGAUGGCAGGGUGGGUUGACCCAAGUAUUAAAGGUGAAGCAUUGCUGACCCGGAAA